AAUGAAGUCAUUUGCUGUGGAAUGCUCGUCGACGGGCAAGUGAAAAUGCCUGGCUGGCCCCGAAUAUCGUAAAUCGUUUACUGGCUUGUCUGUCUUUCUGUCCGUCUGUUUCUCGGAGGUAUUUUCAUUAGCCAAACACAAAUUGAGGCAACACGACACGACAUACAAAACCGAAAGAAAAACACUUAACAUCAACACGAAAAAGACUAAGCAAGCAGCAAGGCUAAAAUCGAAAUGGACGAGGGAGGGGGGUCUUAACUGGAUGGUAUAGGCCAACUUGGGCUCAACACGGCUCAAAUCAGCUCAGGUGAGCUCAAGCGCACUGAAAAACCAACAGAAACUACUGUUUAAACAUCUCUAAAACCGCGUUGGCCAUACAUUUUUACCUUGGUUCACCCUUUUUCAAUGUUGGCCAAAUGACCAAACAGAAGCUUACAGGUAUUUAUUGUGGGUUAGCGAAAAAGGGGGUUUUGGAGCCCAUAAUUUGGUGGUCUGUCUGUAGAGAGGACGUGUGAAAAUUUCUAUGUCGGCUUGCGGCGUUUGAAAAUGCAGCUGGCGCAAAUGUGCAUUCAAAUGGAUCUUUUGUUUGCCGGCUUUCACUGCAUUUGUAUUUGGCAACGCAUUUCACACUUUGAGUGGUGAAAAUCUCUCUCUCCCUCUCUGUGCUGCUUAACUCAAAUGUGGCAACUGUAACUGAAAACCGAAUAGAUUGAAAAACCUGGAAAAUGUCGGCCGAAAAUAGAGAGUGCGAUGACGAAUUCGAGCGGCCCAGCAGGACCCUGGUACUGAUAAUCUUCACCCUGGCCGUUUGCCUGAAGUUGUGCAUCAUUUUGGUGGAGAUUAUGGUCUGAUGGAAU